CGAUAAAACCCUAUGGAACGACUUGUUCUAUUUUGUUGGUACGUCUUCUUCGGUGACGCACCCUGGAACUUGGUGACGUCGUAGGACAACAAAGAUGGCAGGAAUAGGAGGCAGCAACUACUGGGAAGAUCUGCGAAAGCAGGCCAGACAGUUGGAGAAUGAACUCGACCUGAAGUUGGUCUCCUUCAGUAAAUUGUGCACCAGCUACAGCAGCUCCAGGGAUGGACGUCGAGGAGACACGUCAGACACCACUCCGCUACUAAACAACUCUACCCAAGACAGGAUGUUUGACACCAUGUCAGUGGAGAUUGAACAGCUACUGUCCAAACUGACUGCAGUGAAUGACAAAAUGGCGGAGUACACCAACACCCCGGGCACAGCUUCUCUUAAUGCGGCGCUCAUGCACACGCUGCAGAGACACAGAGACAUCCUACAGGAUUACACUCAUGAAUUCCACAAAACCAAAGGCAACUUCUUGGCCAUCCGUGAAAGGGAAGACCUGCUCGGGUCAGUCAGGAAAGACAUUGAGACAUACAAGAGUGGCUCCGGGGUCAACAACAGAAGAACAGAGCUGUUUCUGAAGGAGCAUGAGCAUCUGAGAAAUUCGGACCGACUGAUGGAUGACACAAUAAGUAUUGCAAUGGCAACCAAGGAGAACAUGACCUCCCAACGGGGCUUUCUGAAAUCCAUACAGAGCAGGGUCAACACGCUGGCCAACCGUUUCCCAACCAUCAACAAUCUCAUCCAGCGAAUUAACCUGCGGAAGAGAAGGGACUCUCUCAUCCUCGGCACAGUGAUCGGAGUCUGUACCAUUCUCCUUCUGCUCUAUGCUUUUCACUGAAAUCUUCAAAGGAGCAGGAUGGAUCUGCUCUUUGUAAGACGGGAACCCCAGGAGACUGAGCUCAGUGAUCGGAGGACCCUGGAGGCUCCCGUGCAGAAGGACAUUCAUUUGGUCCAGUUCUCGGAAGGGAACAGAUUUGGCCAACAUGAACUACUGGACUUGUAUUUAGCAGUGGGACCGAUGGAGGGCUGCCAACAACCAAACGGAGAACAAAAGGAAAAAUAAGACUAGAUUUGAAUCAAUUAUAUUGAUAACUCACUUGGUGAAAAGUGUGAAGAGACCUAUGAGAAUGUGUGAUGCUAAAUUCUUUUUCACAGGUGAAAGGAUUUUUAGUUGGAUCGUCCUUUUUAAAUGAUAAGAGAUACUUUAUUGAUCCCCAGGGGGGAAAUUACAUUUUUGAGAAGAUGAAGUGGGAUGGAUAGUUAAUUAUGGGCUGUAAAAUGUGAAUGAAUAAAUUAUUAAUAUCAGUAUGUACAAAAA